AUGAGCGUCCGAGGUUUGGCAAAGCUCGCCAAAGUCCAGCCGAAGCAGAUCCGCGACUGGCGCAACUUGAAGGAGCGGCUCGACAAAGCGGUAGGGUGUCGCCAACGUCUCACUGGUGCUGGACGAAAGCCAAAGUACCCCGAUAUGGAGGUUGCGGUUUACCGCAGGUUCCUGUCGCACCGUGGGAGAGGCUUGUCGGUUUCCGCGGAGGUGAAGGUGCUGGAGGAUGUGUGCGAGGAGGAGCUUGAGGAGCUCGUCCCCAACCCGUUCUAUCCUGACCCUGCUGCCCCUUCGAGCAAGGACAAGGAUGCUGCCUCCUCUUCAGCUGAGGAGAAGGAGGAGGAGGAGGAGGAGGAGGAGGAGGAGGAGGAGGAGGAGGAGGAGGAGGAGGAGGAGGAGGAGGAGGACACGAACGAGGAGGAGGGGGAUGAGGAGAACAAGGAGGGUGAGGAGGGUGAGGAGGAAGGCGGUGCAGAGGUGGAGGGUGGAGCGGGUGAGGAGGAGGAUGAUGGCGAUUAG